GUGUGGGGCAUCAGACGCGUGUGUGGUGCUGAUGAGCAGCAUUGUGCGGGACUGAUCAGCAGUGUGCGGGACUGAUCAGCAGUGUGCGGGACUGUGCGGGGCGGCUCAGCAGUGUGCGGGGGACUCGGUGCGGAGACGCUGUGUUUGGAAAUGCUGCCGUCACAGCUGGUCACCGGGGCGAAUGCCCUUCUCGUCGUGCUCUGUUGGACUCUACUGUGUCCGUUCGGGAGUGCCCAAAACGACACGGAACCGAUCGUGCUGGAGGGGAAGUGCCUGGUUGUGUGCGACUCCAACCCCACAUCGGACUGGAGGGGCUCCACCUCUCCGCUCGGCAUCUCGGUGCGCGCCGCCAACUCUAAGGUGGCUUUCUCUGCGGUCCGCAGCAACAAUCACGAACCCUCGGAGAUGAGCAACAAGACGAGAAUUAUAUACUUCGACCAAGUACUUGUGAAUAUUGGGAACUACUUCACGUUUGAGUCUGUUUUCUUGUCACCAAGGAAAGGGAUUUACAGUUUCAACUUUCACGUUAUAAAGGUGUACCAGAGCCAAACCAUACAGGUCAACCUGAUGCUGAACGGCAGGCCGGUCAUCUCGGCCUUCGCCGGCGAUAAGGACGUUACCCGCGAGGCGGCCACAAACGGAGUCCUGCUACUGCUAGAAAACGAGGACAAGGUGUAUCUGAAACUGGAGAAGGGCAACCUGGUCGGUGGGUGGCAGUACUCCACCUUCUCUGGCUUUCUGGUUUUCCCUCUGUAAAACAACAACAACCACAACAAACAAAACAUCAACACAUCGAAAAAAUGAAGAUCUGCUAAAGGACAUUCCCACAAUGUUUUGUCCCCCAUCCAUCGAGUUCUGUUGACGUCCCUGGGGUGACCCUGCCAGAUCAGGAGAGGAGGAGAGAGGAAGAGGGACGGACGACCACAUCUGAGAGGAAGGCAGAGCUACUCUCUGAGGUAACCCUGGACGGGUCCCUGUCAAAAUCGCUCCUGAUGGGAAAUGUAUCGUUCUUGUGUUGUACCAGCAAUCGUGAAGAGGAAAACCAAAAGCUAUUCCAACGGUAUCGUCUGAGUGACAUUGAUUUGUUGAACAUACCACAGUAGGAUUGAAUGUCUGCUAAGUCAAUUGCAUUUGAGUCCAUUCGUCCUUUUCCGAUGUAUUUUAUUACAGUUCCUCAGAGGCCAUUUGAUCAAUCAAUUUUUAUCUUUCGUUAUAUUUUCUCCACAUGGAAAUAAAAGGUAAUGCCAAUUCCCAGUGCAUCUUAGACAAACUCUCAACUUUCUCUCACCAGAGAGAAAUGAUCGCAUCCAUUGUAGUUUUUUCGGUACAAACUUAAUGAUUACAUCUUGGCUGCGAAUGGGGCAACUUUGGCCACUGCAGACAGAUGGUGUGCACAGUGUACCAAAGUGUGCUAAAUGGUAGUGAGGACAGAAGUUUGGCUGUAAAACCCAUCUUGUUCUGACUGCAUUGUGUUGUUUGCCACACGGUGCCAAGGAUGAAUAUUCUAUUUUUUACUGUUUGCAUAAUUAUGUGGUGAUGAUCCGAAUCCAAUAUUGUUUUUUUGAAGAGGAAGAUAGGUAAAAAGCAGAAGCAGUUGAUCAAUAAUGCAAUUGAUCAAAAGUCCAGCAGAACGCCAGCGAUACAAUGCUGGUUUAGCUCUUUGCCCUGUAGUUCCUGGUAAGUAUGUUACCAACCGGAGAUCUGUGGAUGGCCUUACGUCAGCACUUUCUGCUUUUGCAAUGUCCUCAGAAGUGCCCUUGACAUUUUUUUUUCUUUUGAGGGUUCUCAGUGAUGUGAAAUCAACUAAUAAAGUACGACUAAUAGUCAGCAGUCACACUUGAAUCAGACCUAUGGAAAAACAAUAGACAUAAGUUUGCUUAGUUCUGUUUAAAAGUUUCAGUUGAUAUGGGUUGUUGAGCACGAAAAUAACGAGAUGACCUUUAUACUAAAACCACCUUAGUAAACUUUACCUUCACAAACUUUAGAAUGGUAAAUAUACAAUCAAAGUUAUAAUAAUUGUAAUAGACAAUAUUGAAUUGUAGAUAUCGACCCCUUUCCGUUUUGUGCAAUCGGUAUUUGAUAAAACUUGAGCACACUAGCAGUCUCACAGAACAAGGACAUGUCCGACCCAUGAUAAAACCACCACUAAAAGAUGAUAAGUAUAUCACAUGACAUCUGUAUGGCUCAACUUAGAUGAGCAAAGGAGUGAUAUUGUAUGUUUCGCUUUUGUCUGUUUUCUGGAUGAAUCUGGCUCAUGCUUGCUGCUAUUGUUUCCACAUAUUAGAGAAGAAGUUUAAUUUUGUCUGUGGAGGACCUUAUUUGGGUUUAACUAAGGGGCCCUUUAAAGAUUACGCUAUCAAAAAUGACAGAUUCCAAUAUAUUCUGAACCCACAGAGUGGAUCUGUGGGCAGUGUGUUUUCUGUUCAUUAGGGGGAUCAAUUGAAAGGACACCUGGGAUUUAAUAUAAUGCCGCUUGAAUUGGAUAUGUCCUCUACAGAAUCCAUGGCGUUGAAUAUAAAUGUUUUGGGGUUAUUUAUGGUUAUGGUUAUGGUUAGGCCAAUAUUCUAUUUAGUCCUUCCUUACUUUUAACCCUGUAUUAAUGUGUGUGCGCCUUCUGGUACAGUUACAAUGUACAGUGCAAAUUACUCUGCU